CGCGGUGUUUUCGCGCGCAGAGACUGUUCCUCCCGGCGCUUCGAUUCGAUCCAUCGUUGAAUACCGACGAGCGUGUUCGCGGCUAGCAGCGAUAAUCGGGAACGGUAGUUGACCACCGAGAUACGCCAUAGACGUCCCUCGAGGGUGAACUCCGAUCGUCGACGCGUCACAGAUAAGGUUCGAGCGACGCUCGACGCCGCGGAGAUCGAGGAACACGAUAAACGCGGAAAAAUGGAGACCGCGGUGAUCUAGCAUCGGUUGUAAACGAUCUGUUCCGGGGCUCGUAUCGGCGUUUCCGUUUAAUCGCCAAAGAGGGUGGUCGGGACUUUACGAGGGAAAGGAACGCAUGCCGUACGACCACGGCGAAAAGGACUUCGACAAGAGUGUGCCCGUGUUUGAUGAAUUUGUCGCUGACCAGCCUAGUUAUGUUCUCGAUCGAGUACAGCAAACAGUUCCUGAGCUACCGUAUACUCAAGUCGAACCGGUUCAAAUACAUCUGACGAUACGGACUCGGACUUUGAGUGACAAAAGGGUGCGCGCGCUGAGGGCGAUUGUGUGUAUGUGAAGCGUACUGUGUUACCGUGGGCGACUUGUUGCUACCGGUGCUCAGGGAUUACCGGGGGAAAAGGAUCGAGUAAAACGGAAAGGAUAUCGACUCCUGCGCUGGCAAGACCUGGAACGUCUUGUUCGCGAUCCUCGCCGAUGCGCGAAUCGAUCGUCUCGCGUCGAACACAGCCAGAGAGGACGCGGGAAGAGGAGACGAAGGGUUCGAAUCGACGCCGCGAAUGAAACCGAAUCGCCGGGCCGCAAAAACCAGACCCAACUAAAAAUUUAUGAAAAUAACCAAAAACCUCCGAGAUUUCAUAAGCGGACGAAGGACGCGCGGCGAGCAAGGCUUUAAACCUUUCGGCGAUACGAUCGGGGGCACGGGGAACACGAAAUCCGCUCGUAAAUUCCUCUUUCUCUUUACCAAGCCGGUGGAGAAACACGGCCACCGAGUUUCCACGAUUCUAUUAUCGGGGUAUCAAACGGGCUAAUUAAAAACUAGCGUCCAAUUAAGAGGAUCGCGGGGCGAAAUUUGCGCGUCUUUGGUCGAAUUAGCCGAAAAAAAGAAACGAACAACGGGAAUAAAGAUGAUCGUUCACGUUCCGGGUAGAAUGCCAAGCCACGUUGGUCCGUACGGCGCCGCUCGUUACCCGGGCACCCUGCUAGGAGCGGUCCCGGGUUUUUACAGCCCGAUUUCCGGUUAUUCGACCAGCCCGAACUCCAGCUACUACGGGAGCCUCAGCCUGCAUCAGCAGCCGACGCUGGACCUUCCGGUUUGGCCGCGAAGGAUGCCGGUCGAGGAGGAACUGGGAGCAACAUCUCCGUCGGCCGCGUUGCCAGGACUAGCCGUCACACCGGGUGGCCUGGCGAACGUUGGUCCACCGAGUCCUGCGCACAGCGACUCCGACGCCUCCAGUUCCAGCUUGGAACUCGGCUCCAUCCGGCGCGGGGAAAACGCCCAAUUGAAAUGCAGAUGGCUAAAUUGUGGUCGAUGGUUCACGUCCUUGGAACAACUGGCAGGACACGUCGCGCGACUCCAUGCUGCGCCAGGACCACGAGGACUAUUUUAUUGCGGCUGGGAAGGAUGUGCGAGAGGCGAACGUGGAUUUAAUGCUAGAUACAAGAUGCUGGUCCACGUCCGGACGCACACGAACGAGAAACCGCAUCACUGUUUCCAAUGCGACAAGAGCUUCAGCCGGGCGGAGAACCUGAAGAUCCAUGCUCGUUCUCACACGGGCGAGCGACCGUACGUCUGCCCCGUGGAGGGUUGCAACAAGGCUUACUCAAACUCCUCGGACAGGUUCAAGCACACCAGGACCCACGCCGUGGACAAACCGUACUGCUGCAAGGUUCCGGGCUGCCCGAAGAGGUACACCGAUCCCUCGUCUCUGCGCAAACACGUAAAGACUUACAGGCACUACGUGAACAAUAACGACAAGGUCCAGGAGAAGAGCUUCGACGAGAACAACUCCCAGGAGAAGGCGAGGUUCGACGCGGUCUCGCCGGAGAAGCAGAACAGCAGUACACACUCGGAGUCGGACAAGAAGGACAGCAGCAUCGAGAGCAGCAUAUCCGGCUCGAGCCCCAAGAUCAGCUACAGCUUCGAGGAGCAGAAGAGUUUCGUCGAGUGGAAUAACAUGUACAAUUUGCAAGAGCAACGCAAAGAACAGGAUCAGAUCAUGCCGCGAAAACCGUACGAACAGGACGUCAAGAUCCAUCCGAGGAUCUACGACGAGAAUUACAUAAUGGCGGAGAAGAUUCGGGCGAAUCCCAUGUACCUAACGAGUAACGCGAUUAUCGGCGAGAACCAGUCGGUAGGAUCGCCGCAAACUAGUCCCCGCCACGUUCCCGACUCCCUGCCGCCUCGCAUCGAGAUGCAGUCGACGCCCAUCAAGACCGAGGAGCCCGUCGAGCACCAGAGCAAACCGUGCACGGUCGAUUACAGGAACAUCGAGUCGAUCGUCAACAGCACGCCCUGCAAAAAGGAAAACAAUGCGUCCGUAUGCGAGCCGGUGAGGAAUUCUGUGAUAAAACGGGCGGACGAUAUCAAGAUGGAGGUGGAGCAAACGCCGAUCAAGGAGGACGCGUGCAACGACGCCACCGACUGCUGUUGCCGUCGCAAGUGUUGCGUGCACAGCAACGACAACAUCCUGGAGAAGACCAAGAUCCUCUCCGACUUGAUACUCAAGGCGCAGAACCCUCUGUUCAGACACCUGCUCGGCUCGGUGGAUCUGCAGUACGGGUUGCAGAACGUCUGGGGCAACAUCGUGGACACGAACAACACCUGCGGGCAAGACCUUCGCGUUAAGAACGAGAACGUCGCCGAAAUGGAGCAAGAUCUUCCUCUGGACCUGACGGUCAACAAGUAACGAAACGUCCUCGUUCCGGAGAUCGUGGAUAUUAUUUUUCAGAUUCGGACGGUGGCCAGCUCAAGCUACCCGCCGUGGCCUGCGUUAAACGUUCUCGUGGUCGUCCUCGAGUUUACCAUUUUCUCGGUUAAAUCUGGAAACGUUCCGACGAAACACGCGACGGGGCGACUUCGAGCGUUCGCGAAUUGCGUGGAAAUUCUGCCCGGGCCACGGUUGGUUUCUGCGUCCCGCGACUCGAGUCUAUCGUCGAAGCGAUUGCCGAGGAUGCACGGAAUGUUUGGGAAACCCGUAUUUUUCGAUACAAAAUUUACUCGAUCGUUACUCACUAAUUUCUUAGGACCAAAGUGGAUAAACGGAGAUCGACAUCGACGAAAUCGUACCGGUGAGAAGAGAGAUUGAUCUUAGCGAGAAAGUUGUCAGUUUUGAUUAGAGUGCGAAACCAAAUAUAUCGUAGAACGUUAUAAUAGCCGUCGAAGAAGAAAACAGUUUUAACACCGUACGAGAUUUGCUCAAUCUUAAUUCGUCAGCGACUCGAUCAAAGAGUCUCGGAUCUAGAUUUACAGGUUAUUCGAUUAAUCGAUUAUCAAUGCGCCUGUGCAUAUGUCGCAUGCAAGUCCAGCGUAACGUUACGAUAGGAAAACCUUUGUAUAAUAACGCCUUCGAAAUAUCAGACGCGGUCGAAAGUAUCCCGGUAUUUUAUACUAAACGCCUAUGUAUAAUAUGUAUAUAAAGAUAUAUUAUGUAUAAGAUAUAGUCAUCCAAAAAGUUAAGACGUAUGGAGAAAAGUAUGUGCGUUUCUGAUGAGAGGAGUGUGCUCGGUGACAUGAAACGAUUCAAUAAA